CAAACCUCUGCAUACGCACGCCAAAAUUUCUCUCGUCGCUAGCUUCUCUCCUACGCUUCGCCACUCUCUCGUUUUAACAAAAGCGAAAUCCCGCGAAUUUUCGAACCCGCGAAAUCUUCAUCGGUUUUAUAUAUAAAACUCUCCAGCCCACUGAAAAUCUCCAUUUCAAUAGAUUCUGAUUUAUUUAUCAUUUCAAUCUCUGUUCUCGCUGUUGCAUUGAAUACUCUGAGACGCGCCAUUUCUGGAAGAGUUCGAAACACCUAGUUGUUGCGCAAGGUUUUCAACCAUUUAUCUCAAACUAUGCUGGACUGCUUUCGAACUCGGCCUGUAACUUCAAGGCCCUAGAAAAUUAGGGUUUUUCUUUUAGAGUGUGAGUCUUGAUGGGGAAGAGGAACACUUUGGUUGUUUUGUCAUCGGACGACGAAGGUGAGCGCUCCUUGAGCUCGAAUCAUAGAUAUUCAAAGUCGAAAUCGAGCUCGACGGUUCCUCGUGCAAACCCUAAACGAUCGAAGAAGGCACGCGGGCCAGGUUCCACAUCGAGCUUGUCUAAAGAAUCCUGUAACUGGGACGAGAUCAGAUUCUUUUGCGAGGAUCUUGAUGAAGGGCUUAGCGGGUGCAAGUUAGCCACCGGUUCUGGAAGAAGCAACAAGAAAGAAUUAUGGGUGGAUAAAUACAAACCUCGUUUCCUAGAUGAGCUUGCUGUUAACAAAAAGAAGGUUGAAGAAGUUAAAUUAUGGUUUGAAGAAAGAUUGAAAUCUUCAAAGGAUAAAUUUAGCAGUCAUGUACUUGUUGUCACUGGGCCAGCUGGAGUUGGAAAAUCUGCAACUAUUCAUGUAAUAGCAUCUCGUCUUGGAGCUACAUUGAGUGAAUGGAACACUCCUACGCCUAUACUUUGGCAAGAACAUCUACACAAUUCAACUACAGGGAUACACUACAGGUCAAAGUUGGAUGAGUUUGAAAAUUUUGUUGAGAGAGUAAGUAAAUAUGGAAUGAUUCCAGCGUUCAUUGACAAAGAUGCAAAAUCAUCAAUGAUACUCUUAAUUGAUGAUCUUCCUGUAACAAAUGGUAGAGUUGCAUUGGGAAGACUUAAAAAUUGUUUAUAUAUUCUUGUUCGUUCAACUCAAAUACCUACUGCUAUAUUAUUCACAAAUUAUGGCGAAGCUGAUUCUGCAGACCACACAAAUUUAUAUUUGGAGGAACUCCAGUUGUCUCUUGAAAGUGCUGGGGCUUGUAAGAAUCCCCAGGUUGCUUUCAAUCCUAUUACGCAUAAUUCUAUUAAGAAGAUACUAUCUAAGAUAUGCAGACAAGAGCAGCAUAAUGUGCCUGCUGAACAGAUUGAUCUCAUAGCAAAAUCUAGUGGAGGUGACAUCAGACAGGCAAUUACAUCUUUACAGUUCUUCUGCCUGAAGCCAAGUCUCAUGCGUUCAUUAUCUUUAUCCAGUCCUUUUCCGACACUCUUUAACGGGAAGCCUGAUGAGGUCAAUAUUGUGGACUCUGGAAUUUCUUUACACUUUGGAAGAGAUGAGACACUUUCUCUAUUUCAUGCCCUGGGAAAGUUUCUGCAUAACAAAAGAGAGAUUGAAAAUACCAUGGAAUUAGAUGGAGAUGAAUUUUUUGUACGCAAGGAAUUGUCUAGAUUACCAUUAAAAAUGGAAGCUCCAGAAAAGAUUCUCUGUCAAGCUCACGGACAAGCUAGGCCAAUUGCUGAUUUUCUUCAUGAAAAUGUUCAAGAUUUCCUGAGCGAUGAGGCAAUCAAUGAUGCGUGGACUGUGGCUUCAUAUUUAGGUGAUGCUGACUUGCUUCUUGCUACUUUUCGUGGAAUGCUUGCUAGACAUAAUGAGGUAGAGAAUGUUCUACAAUCAGCUGCCGCUUCAGUUGCAGUUCGUGGGGUGCUAUUUGGAAAUUUUCAUCCAUUGCCUCCCAGGUGGCAUGCUAUUAGGCGACCAAAGCUUUGGCAGAUUGAGCAAUCAUCGCUGAGCAAUAAGAAAGAGAUGGUGAAACGGAGAUAUGAUUUAUCUAAAGGAUUAAGUUCAUCAGAUGCGACAGCUAUAGCUAUUGAUUACACUCCUCUCAUCAAAUGGCUUGGAUUCGGGGCAGCUGGUGGUCGUGAAACUUGCGAAGGAAACGGGAAAGAAGAGGAAAUUAUUGACAUGAUGAAUUUGGAUGAGCAGGAAAGCUUCUCAGAUGACGAAAUAGAAGAUUGGUGAAUAGUGAGUACUUAGAAGCACUUCGGCGUUAGAUUGACCUUCCUCUUCUGUAAAGUAUAUAUAAUUUUUUUCUUUGUAAAAUAUGCAAAAUAGUUUAUUUCCAUCGUUAUAGCCUUUGAAGAAGUGGUGUGAUAGAAUUCCCAGGGCUUUGUUUCAUAAAGUCUUCGAUCAA